CUACAUGUUUCAAGGAAAACAACAACUCCAGGGCCAGUGUUUUGCUUAUGACAUAAGCAUCACCUCCGGGGUUACUUGUUGUUUGGAGGGUAUCUGUGGUUUCAACUUGUCGAGCCACCCAGACAUAUGUUCACAUAAUUUACUCGGAAGAAUCUGAAACUUGUAACGUGCUGGGACUCCUGUCAACACGGGCUUUGUCAGAGACAGCACCACGCCAUCCCAUCCCACGCUACCCUCAUAACACCCCACCCCAUCUAAUCCCACCACCACACGGCAAAAGGAAAUAAGUUAUAUUUUCAUCAGAUUUGAACUACAGGUGUCAGGGUAGACUGUUACAUGUUAUAAUGAUAGUGGUGUUGUAGAGUAUUCCGCCAGAUUGAAGUUUCAAAGAUGUCAAAAGAUUAAAAUCAACAAUGGGACAGGGACGCUCCAAGUUCGAAAACUACUUUUUAUCUGAUAGGGAAGGCAGAGAAAACAUUUACCAGUAUAUUGACAGAAAGGUGCAGCCGGACAGCUUCUACCUGUGCAUGUGCAGCCAAACCGUCGAUAAGGUUGUACAAUACCUGUACACCAAUCUGGCAGAUGAACUGAAGAACGCUCUGUCCUGGACGCUGGGUUCCUCACAGCUCAAACAGAUCAAUGUCAAGGAGAUCCUAAAGAGUGGGUCUCUCGGAAAAUCAACUGCUGUGAAGGAAAAAUCUGACAUUGAUUUGAUCAUCUUCCUGAAUGGUAUUUCCAGCGUAAAGGAAUUAAGCCAGUUGAUGCCCAAAAUUCUGAGUUCCUUGAAAAAACUGAUGGAACGGCUAGUUCAUGAUCGGUCCAUGAGAUGGGCUAGUGGCCUUGAAAUCACGCGCACCACUAAUUUCUCUCUUGGACUUGUACUCCACACUGUCAAUGACGAUGGAACCAAGUUUGACUGCGAGAUGGACUUGCUCCCUGCCUUGGACAUCACUGCUUCAAAGAGUUUGUUAGAUAUCUAUUCUGAAAUGGAACAGAGCGAUGAAGAUCUUCGACGUUACUAUUCUGCGUGUUUGUCUCGAGUACAGAAGAAGUUCGUCAACGAUAACACCCAGCCUGCCAAAGUGAAGAAUCUAAUCAGGUUCAUCAAGUUUUGGGUAAAGGUUGAGCAAGUUCCGCUCCGAUCGUAUUUCGUCGAGCUAUUGGUGAUCUACAACAACAGGCAACAUAAUCGCAAGCACUUGCUGACCUGCCACGUAGAUUUUAAAAUCUACGAUCACUUGAAGGAGUGUCUGCGUAUCCUGACCAACUGCGAGACAUUAAAGAUAACUUUCUCGGAUAACUACGACUACAGUAAUUACGGGAAACCACCUUUCUCGUUAAUUGGUGUUUUCGGAACUUUGCUUGGUUAUUCUCCAGCUAAUACCAAUGUUCAGACUGUUCCGUAUCUGCUGGACCCAGCGAACCCGUACAUGAACGUGGCACCAAGUCCUGAAAAAUCACGCAUAGUGAGUCAGAAGGCACAGGAGCUACUGGACAACUGGGAUCGCAUCUUCUCGUGAAAAUAACCCACAGUAGUGGUUAACAUAUAGCAGAGAACACAAAUAAUCUCUGUUAAAUUGACAUAUUGUUAAUAUUUCAAUAUAAUGUGUUGGCGUGAUUCUUACAGAAAUAAAUGGUUUCCUUUUCAAAAGGUAAAUCACAUAUUGUGAGUCAGAAGGAAUAACUUGACAAUUGGGAUCGCAUAGUCCCAUGAAAAUAGUCCACAGUAGUCGUUAAAAUAUAGUAGACUGCACUAAUAAUCUCUGUUCAAUUGACAUAUUGUCAAUAUUUCAAUAUAAUGUGUUGGCGUGAUUCUUACAGAAAUAAAUGGUUUCCUUUUCAAAAGGUAAAUCACAUAUUGUGGUGGUUAACAUAUAGCAGACUAUACAAAUAAUAUCUGUUAACUUGUAAUAUUGUCAAUAUUUCAAUAAAAUGUGUUUUGGAA